AUAUAACCUCAAAUGUCAAUAUUUUUGUUUCGUAACAGAAUAAUUGUUAUUUCAACUUUUUUUGUUACUAUAAAAGAUGCCUCAACCUCCUAAAAUUCGAAUGCACGAUGUAAAUCCAUUUCUUCAAACUAUACGUGAAUUUCUACUAGGAAGAAAACAUACUUUAGCACUCAGAUUUCAAGAUAUUCUGGCAACGAGAUCGCCACCACCUCCAGUUUUACCAGACGGACCGGCCCACAAACUCCAUUCCAAUUAUUAUUUUAAAAGAGAUGCUAGAAGAGAAGUUUCACCACCCGAAGUAAUCGCUCCAAAAGCGAAACAAAUCGAAGCAGGUGAUAAAACUACUAGUGUUAAGAGAAUUACACCUGGACCAGUCUAUAGGUGGGAUUAAUCAAUUAA